AACUGUUAUUGUGCUUGCUGGGCUGAAAUGUUCCACUGUUCUGGUGUUUCUAGGAUGAUAAUUUCGUCAGAUUAUCUGUUUUCGAGCUGCUUCUCGACGACUUGUUCUGCGUUAAUCCCUGCCUAGAUAGAAUCUGAUAAACAUGAACGUCUUUCGUAACCGCGUGGCCGUGCUCGGCCUGGUGUUGCUCGCCACGGUGCUGCUGUACCUGCUGCUGCCAGCGAUGAGGCAGGGCAGCAUGGAGCCGUCUCUGGCGGUCCAGCGGAUGGCGCUCAUGGCCGCUUCCGUUCCACCCUCGACUCCCAACAUCACCGUCCGGACGGGGCAGCUGCCCAGCGACCCGCCGCUGUUCUUCAGAGAGGCUCUGCCUGUGGACUCCGCCGGGAGGCAGAUACUGCCCAGGCUGCAGGUGGUCCUCUUGCACGGUCAGGCCUUCACCUCUAAAACCUGGGAGGAACUGGGCACGCUCAGUUUGCUCGCGGCCAACGGAUAUCAGGCCCUCGCCCUGGACCUGCCCGGUUUUGGAAAGUCUCCAGCCUCAGAGUCAGUGAAGUCUGAUCAGAAUCGUGUGGAUUUGCUGAAGCGGUUUCUCGAGGCUUUAGGCGUUCGGUCUCCGGUGCUGUUGAGUCCGUCUAUGAGUGGUCACUACGCCCUGCCCUUCCUGCAGAAACACAGCAGUCAGCUCCAUGGCUUCAUACCCAUCGCUCCGGUCGCCACACGGACACUCACUCCGCAGCAGUACCAGGACAUCCAGACUCCUACGCUGAUCGUGUUUGGUGAACUGGACACUAAUUUGGGCGCUCAGUCUCUGAAGAACCUGCAGCAGCUUCCCCGCCACACUGUGGUCAAACUGGCCGGAGCGCGACACGCCUGCUACAUGGACAAACCCCGCGAGUUCCACCAGGCCCUGCUGGACUUCCUCAACAAACUGGACUGACGAGGGGGCAGCAGCAUGUGAGGACUGUGGAAGAGAGGAUAGGAGGAUGUGAGGGAGAGAAAACGGAUAACGUUCACAUUACAAAGCAGUCAGUGACUCAUAUCUGUAAUUGCGCACGUCUGCUCCGAAAAAAUGAACCUGCAUCAGUUUUACUGUCACAUAAUUUACACGGUGUAAAAUUUGAGUCGAAUUCUUAUGAGCAAAGCUCCCUUCAGUACAACAGAUUAUAAAAACAUAGCAAAAAUAAAGCUAAUAAAUAAGAUUAUAAGCUACUACCACUACCACUACCACUACUACUACUAAUAAUAAUGAUAAUAAUAAUAAUAACAGUAGUAAUAGUGGGUAAAAUAAGACAGUAGAAAUACACAUUGUGUAACAUUUUAAAGUGAUUUACAGUAAUUCUACAUUAAUCACUGGAUGAAUUCUGAGUUACAAACUACCACUUCUAGCCUGUAAUGUGAACGUAGCCUGAGGAGGCUCUUACAGAGUGAAGAGCGAUCGGCCACAUCGUGCUUUUUCAUAGCUGAGUGUACUCGUGCGUACCUGCAUGCUCCGCUCCAUCCUAACCGUGACUCACAGUGCCAUACGCUGUUGAUAAUGGCAGUCUGUGCAAAAUAGUUACUGCAGACUCAAUUAUUACACAUUGUUUUCCAUAUUUGGUGUCAAAUGGUUUAGUGUUACAGUCCAUUCAGACAUUCAAACAGGACACAGGCCGAGUCGUGUUUGACUUCCAGUGAUGCAGAUACUCGUCCUGUGUUUUAAUGCUGUUUAAUGUGCUUUUGCUACUCACGCAUGUUACAUGAGUGGCCACUCGCGGGACACGGGGGGGAAGUAGAGAGGACAGAGGGGAGCAGAAAUUUUCGACAAUAGUGCACUCGCCCUCGGUUAGUCUGGAUUCAGCUAGCUAACCAAACUUAGAAUGAUGUUUGAGCGUAAUGAACAUAAAAUAUGUGAAUGACAGCUUUAGUUUCUGCCGUAGCUUCAGGUUUAGAAUGAGAUCAGUUGUGCAUUGCACUUGUUUUUGUUGUUACUAGCUGUGUGGCCCUUAGCUAACUAGCUAGCUAGUGGACUUAAUCAGCAUCAUCAGCAGACGUGCAUAACAGAGUAGUUUGCUUCAUAAAACCCAGUUUAAAGCAAAUUGAAUAAUUUUGUUUUGAAAUAUUGAAAGCUGCACUUUGUAAGAAUUUUGUUUUCUCAAAAUUGUAACAGAGUGAGGAGAACAUAAACAGGCUAAGAUAUGGAGCUGCAAGUCGCCCUGUAAAGCCUGAAAUAAUCAUUUAAAAUGUCUUUACGUAUUAAUGUCACACAAAGACUCAAAAAGAAGGUCCGGCUCGAUGUUUCGGCCUCAAAUGAUCUCAAAUCAACAUCAUACUGCUGAAGAUGUGAUGACAGUAGUAGAUAAUUCACUCACAUCCUCAGAAGACGCUCCAUCACCAAGUUUAGACUGAGUUCUCCUUGAAUUCUCUUUCAGUCGUCAGAUUCAUCCAAUCUGGUUGGGUCCAAAACACAACUUGUUCUUCUGCGCAUUGCGUGCAAUUACGCGUUUUUACCAGAGAGGUCUCCAAAUCCCCGAAUCUUACCAGGUGCAGCUUACAGUGUUUCUAAGUACUGUUUUAUUGUGGAUUAUAUGCAGCUUUUCAGGGGGUUUGAAAGUGACUUCUGGAGAACUUCUACUGCUAGUGUUGACAUUUACGUUGGCUCGGUCCCUCACUACUCCAAGGGAUCAACUAACAAGCAUCAGUUGAGUUGAUACAGUAAUGGAACGGCCCUUAAGAUGGUGUUUGGGGGUUCCCUGAAUGGACAAUGGUAAGGGCAAGAGGACAAGAGCGUGUUAAAACUGGUACUGAAAUAUUAGGCUGACGUUGUACACUUUCCAAGCUGAGUAAUUUAAGUUAAACGUUUAAGCCAUUCAGCCUUUGCUGUUUGGCCAGUUUGACAGGUAUUUGUAAGAACAUGCACAAACACAUUAAUAACAACAUCAACCACAGUGAUCUGACCGUUAGUGACUCAGUGAACGCUUGGCACUUUUUUAAUGAUUCAUGAUGAUCUGCAUAUAAGAAAAGCUGUGAGGUUUCUUUACUCACGCUUUGAUCAAACUGACGUCCAAACUGAUUUCCUUGGUGAUUUAGGUGGCAGUGCUGUGAGAUCAUUUGACAAUACAAAUAUUCUGAUUGUACUAGAAUAUAUAGUAUAUAUAUAUUCCAGUAUAUAUAGUAUAGUGCAUAUAUUGGAAUAUAUAGUAUUGCGACUAUACUAGAAUAUACAUAUUGCAAUCCUACAAUAUAAGCUGUGUUCCAAAGCCCAGGCUCCAGCCGAGGUAGGACAGGUCCUCGGUUGGACUGUCCUAUGAAGACUUCUUCUUAGUAGCCUAUUGGUCACACAAGUGGAGCAGUCCUACGACGCUGCAUAGUGAUGUCACCAGAAAGACCCUCCUCUUGCAAUUGCGGUGGGAAACUUGUGAGGGAACUGGUGAGAGAAAAUGGAGCCCAUUGCAUUGAGUUUGUUGCUAUGGUAGCUAUAUAUAAACUACAUAUAUAUACAAAUACUUCUGAGUAAAAUACAAAAUAUGGACGAAUUCUUUAAUCAAUCAAUCAUUUUCCACUUCAUAAGGUAACAAAGACGAAUUCAAGGACGUGAACAGCUUACAUUUUAAACUAAGCUCUGCUCCAACGGCUUCGUUUUCCGCCAUUUUCGUGGUGCUGUUUUUUUUCCCUCUGCGUUAUUCGUGCUCAGAGAAUUGUGGGUAACGAAGGCAGAUGCAUCUGUUGCGUCCUUGAAAUCACUCCGAACGUUGGCUGCAUUUCUAGGCUGUAUACGAAGGGUCCUUUACUUUGUAAUGGCCUACUAUGACUUAACAGCAGAAAUGCAGCCUCGGCUUUGGAACGCAGCUACAGUGAGAAUGCAUGGGUGAAACAAUAAUCUGGUGAGGGUUAAUAUGAGCCAAAAUAAUUUGCAUUUCAUCUCUGUCCAAAAACAAAUCUUGUAGCUAUACAGGAGAAGAAAAAACGUUCUUUAGUUUUAAUAUAAGUUAAUGUAAAGAGAUUUUAUUGCAGGUGAUUUUGGAGCAUUUCUAUUGGUCCAAUCGUCAUGAAACGUCCACGCAGUGUAAAAGACAGAUGCUGUUUUUAAUAGUAUGUCCGAAAAUCUAAAUCUGAAAAAAGGGAGAAAUGUUUUUUUUGUUAACAGUGACCAUUUGUUGGACUGCAUGAACUUUGGUUUAAACUGUGAUUGGUAAAUUAAACAGUAAUAAACACUGUGAUUGGUUAGAGCAGACGUGCUUGUGUCCAGCACACUUUGGUAGUUUUCCUACUCAAACACACUCACUACACCAGGCAGUUAACAGAUGAGUGUAAUCAGGUGUGUUUGAGUAGGUUAAUCACCGAACUCCGGCCCUCCAGGACUGGAGUUGUGCAUCGAUGAGAGAUGAGAGACUAAUUUGCAUAUUGUUGCCUUCUGUUAUAUCUGUACUGCAAACUCCAGUAUCACAAUAACGAUUAACAGACAGUACAUCGUGCAGCCGGACAGGAGACAAAUACCUGCUUUUAUUUGUGAUGUGAUGAAAGUUGCAGGUUGAUUACAGUGAAUGUCUACAGUUGUUACAGUUGCUAUUUUCCUCCACUCACAUAUUUUAGAGAACUGUCCUCCUCCGGAGUUUAGAUCCAGCUCUAAUCUAACACAGCUGAUCCAGCUUAUAAAGGAUUUCAUCCACAUCCGAAUAUUAAAGGCAGGUGGACCGGCUUAGGGUUGGAACUAAACUCUGCAGGGUGAAUCCCCUGAAGAAGGGUCGGGGUAGCCUACUCUGAUCAGACUCCAGUCCUGGAGAGCUUCAUGUUUUCUCAGAUUUAAAGCAAAAGUGUGGACAAAAAUCAAAUUUUCACAAUCCUACCCCAAAUGUAGUCGAUCAGCCAAGACGUGUUUGGUGUUUGGAGUUUGCUUCUUUAGUUUUAGUGCUGUAAUGGAAGUAAUCUGGAAAGUAUAGCUGAUUAGCGUGGUGCUAACUGCACGCCUAAACAGAGACAGUUCAGUUGCUAAAAAAAUGAAUGGGAUAGCUGAUAAUGCACAGCAUGGAGGCUGUAUUACAGGAAUUCCCACCCCAAUCACCUUGUUGGUAAAGGCAUAAGCAGUAAAAGCCCACUGUUAUUGAGAUAUUUCCAUACAUCGUAAGAUGUGCAUUAUUUGAAGCAAACGCUACAAACUGUUUAUCCCAUUUUUUGUCAGAUUUUGCCAGUGAUUUUGAAUCUGUUUGUAAAACAUUAAUGUGGCUUUCAGUUUCAGUUAUAUGGUGCAUUUUUACCAGCUGGCUUUCAGUUUGAGCCAAAAAACGUGAAUGUGAUACUAUUGUACUAAUUUCUGCUAGCGCCCCCUAUGGGGAUUCUAGUAGUAUAUUAGCGCUAAGCUAACAGUGGUCAUUUUCUUUUGGCUGUUCUAGAUUAAACACGCAUAUCUGAAGUUUGUAAAAGACAAUCCAUAUUUCAUUUGAGGCUUGUAACAGACAUUAUCAUAUAUCUGAUCUUGUGUGUAUCAGUUUUGCAGUGACUCUUUGAGUAAAGAGUGACAUAGAGCCGCCGCCACUGUUUAACAUUCCUAACAACUAACUAAAACACUGCUUAGGCUACGACUUGUGUUCACAGUCCGUGAUGUAUCUAGAACUUCAGAUGGUCUAGGGUGAUGUUAUUUCUCAAGAAAUUGGCACCAUUGUUAAUCAAAAUGUGAUUGGUUGAUUCCUCUGUUACUUCCUAACUAUGUUGGUAGUUAAUCUAAAAUCUAAGGCUCUCAGUCCAGCUCCUGAGGUCCAACCAAUGGGAGAGCAGAUUGGCUGUAUCUGCCUAGAUACCACAGAGAAAACAAUCCUGAUUGGACAAUUUUCUGUGUGGUGUUUCCAAGUAUUGAAUACUUCUGUUUGCAACCUAAACUUACCAGUGAAAUAAGAGUAUUACUACAGUACUGACAGAGUUUAAAUAGAACAAGAAUAAUGAUUAUAUUAAAUAACUAACUAAAAUUAGGGAUUUGUAUUUUUUAAAACACAUAAAAAUCUGUUUUUUAGGCUUUAAGAUGGCCACUGCAGCUGUUUUUAGCCUCUAUUAUUUGCUAGCUACAUUAGCAUCACAGCUCGAGUGUGAAACGAAGGAAGCCACCAAACAUGUCUUGUCUGACUGCAUUUGGGGUGAGAGGGAAAUUUUGUAAAUAGCUUUUUUUGGCACUUUAAAACUUGAUUUAACCUCUCAGCUCAGUACCAGCAGCUUUGUGAGCUGAAUUGUCUGUUAAGGCAGGAUAAACGCUGAACUCUGUGGGCUUUCAGGACCGGAGUUUGACAUUCCUGCUUUCCAGACUGUUGACAUUGUUAGCAUGCUAGCCUCUAGCAUUGGGCUAGGGUGCUGAGAUUAGCACCUCUUUUGGCUCUUCAGCUCAUUUCAGUGUCCAUUAACUGAAUUAAGUGUGUCAGGAAAGCUAAAGCAGUCCUGUCUGUGUGCUGAGUGUAACCAACCUAACAUCACAACACUAAAUAUAACCUGCAUGUUAGCGAUUCCUGCUGUGGUAUUAAUAGCUGUGUGAGAGGAAUAUGAAGGUAUUAUUUCUCUCAGACAGGAGGAGGUUUUUAUUUAUAAAAGCUUGUAUAGUCCAGCUUUUUUAGCCCUCAGUUAGACGAGCCUUUCAGUAACGGCCACACGCAGCUAGUCGCUAGUUGAGCUAUUUAUUUAUUUAUGUUUCUAGAGGUUUUAUCCAUUAAAAUGUAUGUACAGUGUAUAGAGUGUGUGGACAUUAUGGUCUGUCUUUGGUCUGCAACUUGUAAAUAUUCAUUAAAAAUGAAAAAUGAA